CCAGAAGCACAUUAAUGUUUGUCAAAUUCUAGUUGCGGCGGGAGCGAACGCCGAAUUAAAGGAUAAAUCUGGGAAGACCGUUCGUGACCUAGGAUUGUUGUGCGAUUCAACAGGCGUGCCUAACCUACAGAAGAACAAGCAAAACGGACACGUACUGGGUUCAAAAGCUACACAACCGAAUGAAAAAAUCUCCACAAAUUCAACGAACCACAAAACCAAACCAUUUUCCAAAAAAUCAUAUCACAAUUUUUCCGUGUUGCUGAAGGCCGGCGAUCGCACCGAAAGCAAGUCACCGAAUACAAAAUGUUGA